AUGAUCUUCAUUUGGAUGUUCCUGACAAUUUCUGGAACUCUGCAGACUACCACAGCAAGCACUCCGUUUCCUCCAGGGAGAACCACACCAAGUGGGCUGGCAUUGCGACUGGUGAAUUCAUUUAGCAGAUGUGAGGGUCGUGUUGAAGUCUAUUACGCAGGAUCCUGGGGGACAGUGUGUGAUGAUUCUUGGGAUCUCAAUGACGCCAAUGUUGUGUGCAGGCAGCUUGGAUGUGGAUAUGGUGUUGCAGCAAAGACCAAUGCCUAUUACGGUCAAGGCUCAGGAAAUAUUGUUCUGGAUGAUGUGAGAUGCAAAGGAUGGGAAUACAGUCUAUGGGACUGUCCUCAUUCAGGAUGGCUCUCUCAUAACUGUGGUCAUUCUGAAGAUGCCGGUGUCAUCUGCUCAGAGAGCACUACACCCACUUAUGAAACUAAUACAACCAUUCCUGACACCACAACUACGACGCCAGAGCCAACCACCACCUUUGAAACAAUCAGUGAUGAGCUGGUGCUAGGACUUGCAAAUGGGCCAAACCACUGUGCAGGUCGUGUUGAAAUCCUUUACUAUGGAGGCUGGGUAAAAGUUUGUGGUGAUUUGUGGGACAUGAACGAUGCACGAGUUGUGUGCAGGCAACUGGGCUGUGGCGAGCCUGUUGCUGCUCUGAGAAAUAGCUAUUUUGGAGAAGGCUGGGCAAGUCCUUGGAUGACUAAUGUGAACUGCAUUGGCUCUGAAGACUUUUUGUGGUCUUGCCCUUAUGAACACCCACACUAUUCAUGUGGCGUUUAUGGAGAUGCUAGUGUCAUAUGUGCAGGUUCUGGACUAACAGCGCCUCCAGAAACAGAGCUGGCAUUGCGACUGGUGAAUUCAUUUAGCAGAUGUGAGGGUCGUGUUGAAGUCUAUUACGCAGGAUCCUGGGGGACAGUGUGUGAUGAUUCUUGGGAUCUCAAUGACGCCAAUGUUGUGUGCAGGCAGCUUGGAUGUGGAUAUGGUGUUGCAGCAAAGACCAAUGCCUAUUACGGUCAAGGCUCAGGAAAUAUUGUUCUGGAUGAUGUGAGAUGCAAAGGAUGGGAAUACAGUCUAUGGGACUGUCCUCAUUCAGGAUGGCUCUCUCAUAACUGUGGUCAUUCUGAAGAUGCCGGUGUCAUCUGCUCAGGUGUUUUUGAUCUCAGACUGGUGAAUGGCCAGAACAGAUGUGAGGGCCGUGUUGAAAUUUAUGCCAAUGGAACUUGGGGGACAGUCUGUGAUGAUUUAUGGGACAUAAAUGAUGCUCAAGUUGUAUGCAGGCAGCUUGGAUGUGGAUCAGCCAUUUCUGCACCAGGAAGUGCCCGAUUUGGUCAAGAGUGCAGUGGAAAUGAAUACUUUGUCUGGCAAUGUCAACAGAGAGGGUGGGGCAUACAUAACUGUGGCCACAGUGAAGAUGCCAGUGUGAUUUGUUCAGGGUUGGCAUUGAGACUGGUGAAUUCAUCUAGCAGAUGUGAAGGUCGUGUUGAAAUUUAUUACCAAGGAUCAUGGGGAACAGUCUGUGAUGAUUUCUGGGAUCUCAGUGAUGCAGAUGUUGUGUGCAGGCAGCUUGGAUGUGGACAUGGUGUUGCAGCAAAGACAAGUGCCUUUUAUGGUCAAGGCUCAGGAAAUAUUGUCCUGGAUAACGUGGGUUGCAGAGGAUGGGAAUACCGUCUAUGGGACUGUCCUCAUUCAGGAUUGCUGUCUCACAACUGUGGUCAUCAUGAAGAUGCCGGUGUCAUCUGUUCAGUUCCUACUACUACUCCAACAUGGCUGCCUUCAACAGCAAAAUAUACUUGUGGUGGUGUCCUUCAGUAUUCAUCUGGGACAUUUCAAAGCCCAUUCUAUCCUGAAAAUUAUCCAAACAACGCAGACUGUGUGUGGGAAAUAGAAGCAGUGAGCAAUUACCGUGUAACACUUUCAUUUAGAGAUAUAGUGACAGAAGGUGGUAGAUGCCAGUAUGAUUAUAUUGAGAUAUAUGAUGGGCCACUCCAUACCUCUCCUUUACUGGGGAAAAUUUGUUCUGGUUCCUAUCUCACAUAUACAUCGUCCUCAAACUUGAUGACAGUUCGAUUUCACAGUGACUCAAGUGUCACAAAGAAAGGGUUCCGUGCUGACUAUUACACCAUUCCAGCAGAUCAGAAUACUACUCUUCUGUGCUUGCCAGAAUACAUGCGUGCAGUUGUUAACAGAGCCUAUCUCCACUCACAAGGCUACGCUGCAUGGGAUGUCAGCUUGAAUGACCCUUAUUGUAAACCAAUUGUUACACCAAACUACGUUAUAUUCAACAUACCAUACAAUGGCUGUGGCACAAGACGAGAGGGAAACAACAACACUAUCAUCUAUUCCAACUUGAUCAAAGCAAUCUCUUCUGGUUACAUAAUCAAAAGGCAAAAAGAUCUUCAUUUGCAUAUCAACUGCAAAAUGCUCCAAAAUAGAUGGAUAGAAAUAAUAUAUGUUGCUGAGGAUGUUACUGAGGUCAAUGAAACUCAGUAUGGCAGAUACGACGUGAACAUUUCAUUUUAUGAAUCACCAUCCUUCUCAUGGCCAGUGUAUGAUUCUCCAUACUACGUUGACUUGAACCAGAAUUUAUUCCUUCAAGCUUCAAUUCACAGCUCUGACCCAAAUCUGGUGUUGUUUUUGGACACGUGUGUUGCAUCACCUGAUCCCAAUGAUUUUACAACAGUAACCUAUGACAUUAUGAAGAGUGGAUGUGUUAGAGACCCUACCUACAGGACAUACUAUUCAUCCUACAGCUCCACAAUACGGUUCAAAUUUAAUGCCUUCAAGUUUAUUAACCAAUAUUCAUCAGUUUACCUUCAGUUUAAAAUGGUGGUGUGCAGGGUAUAUGAUUAUUCUUCCCGAUGCUACCAGGGCUGCAUAACCAGGUCCAAGAGAGAUACCAGCUCUUACCAAGAAGAGGUGGAUGUUGUUGUUGGGCCUAUUCAGCUUCGGAAAGAUGGCACUAAGAACAGGAAUGCUGGUAAAUUUAAAUACACUAAACACAAGAGAAGGUUAAGUGUGACUUUGAGCAUUCUCAGUGUGGCCCCCUCCAAUGACCAGUCUGGGCAAACUGCAAAGAAUAGGGCAGACAAUCCCCCAAACUGGUGGUUUAUUCCUAUAAUUAGAUUCACCAAGCCAGUAACAAAACAGCUUCUGUACUACGUACCAAGAAGCUAAAAUACAGUUUCUUUUAAGCAAUCCAGCAUUUGGCUCCCACCCUGAGAACAAAGU